AAAAUUUAAUCACUGUUUUUGACUCUUUGAUUGUGAUUUCCAAAAAAAAAAUAGUUUAUGCGCCCAAAUAAAACUGGUUCUUUAUCAUCAACCUGCAGAAUGGAUUCAGAAAAGUUUGAUGAAAACAGAGAAUAUCAGAGAGUUCUUGAUCCUGAAGUUAGAUUAAAGCUUAUCACUAAAAAUAGUAAUACUGUUGAAAUUGAUGCUAGUAUUCCACCAAGAAGGUAUUACAAAUCCGGAUUAGAAAUGGUUCGAAUGGCCAAUGUUUAUCUUGAUGAAGGAAGUUUAGAAAAUGCUUUUAUUUUGUACAUGAAAUUCAUGACGCUGUUUAUUGAGAAAAUUAGGACGCACCCUGAGUUUGAUAAAGUUCCCUCAGUAAUUAAGAGUACGAACUAUCAGAAGUUGAAAGAAGUUCUGCCUAAAGCUGAGAACUUAAAGGCUAGGCUUCUAGAACAAUACAAGCGGGAGUAUGAACGAUUUCUAAAGGAUAUGCGCAGGAGAGAAGUUUUGGCAAAUGAAAGGAAACAGUUAUUGAAAGAAGAAAAAGAAAAGGCUGAAUCAAUAAAAGGCUCUACUCCCAACUUAUCAGAACCAAAAAUUCCUAAGACCUCAAAGUAUAACAUAACUCCUGUUCCUCCAUUACUUGAUGCUUUGUAUCCAAAUGAUGCUGUUACCACUCUUUCUGAAAAACCUGAACAUGCUCGUACACAGCCAAGUGUUGAUCGUUGUACUAAGCCAUCCUCUCUUCUCAGCCCUAAUUCUUAUGCUCAAAGCAAACUUCGUUCAGUCAUCAUUCCCGGUAACCUCAUGAGAGAAUUCUUACUGAAAGCGCAAAAGAACACUGACAGAAAUAUUGAGACAUGUGCUAUAUUAGCUGGAAACUUGAGAAAAAAUCAGUUAGUGGUGACACAUCUUCUAAUUCCAGAACAGACUGGUACUUGUGACUCGUGCACUACUCAGAGGGAGGAAGAGUUGUUUGAUUAUCAAGAUCAAAAUGACUUGAUCACUUUUGGUUGGAUACAUACUCACCCAACUCAAACAGCAUUCCUCUCCAGUGUUGAUCUUCAUACGCAUUGCUCUUAUCAGAGAAUGAUGCCAGAAGCUAUUGCUAUCGUAUGUGCUCCUAGAUAUUCAGACAACAGUUUCUUUUGCUUAACUCCUGAUUAUGGCUUGGAUUUCAUCGCAAACUGCCAGCAGCAAGGCUUUCAUCCGCAUCCAACAGAGCCAGAACUUUACACGGUUGCCAAACACUGCGAAAUUGAUCCAACAACCUCAGUCAAAGUCGUUGACCUAAGAAGAUGAGUCGCAAGUAAUAGAUAUUUUUGUAUAAUGAGGUUUUGUACCAAGCCCUAUGAGCCUUUAUGAUGUAAUGUAUGACUCAUUAACACCAAAUUUCCAAUUAAAAUUGUUUGUUUAGUCGGUAAUAUCUUUUUAGAUAAAAGUCUAUCAAACUAGUCUAGUUUUAUGGAUAGUUUUGCUUCUCUGUCUGUUGAUAUUAUUUUAUAUAUUGCACAAUUAUGCAUGAAGUUUUAUUUUAUUUGGUUUGGUGACACUUUAAAAAAUAACCUAUAAAAUAUUUAUUUUCUAAGUAAUAUCUUUGCUGAACUGGUGAGGUGUUCCUAGUAAAAGAUCAAAGAUAAUGAACUUUGAUUUCAGAGUUCUUCAUAAGAAAUUAACUGUAAAUAUUUUUAUAUAAGUUUAUAUAAUGAAAUUAUUC